AUGCUCACCCAACGCCCCUCACUCCGAUUCGUUGCCAUCGGGGCCGUGGUAUCUCUUUUCGUCCUGGCAUUCCUCAUCCUCGGCAGCUCACCCCGCGGACUCUCCUCCAAAUUCAACAUUAAGACACAAACCCGACCAGCUCCAAAAACUUGUCUACCGUCGUCAAAUUCGUCCACGUGGGACUUUGUUGUCGAACGGGAUGGAAACAAUCACGGCCUCUCCGAAGACCAGUGCCGCAUUGCAUUCCCAAAAUUAUUUACUGAGAUCGACAAGUCAUCCCAGCUCAAAGCCAAUACGCGCAUCUCAUACCAGGAGCUGGACUCCCGUACUGUUGAUGAUGGUAUGGUGCGGGCAAUUGUAGACCGAGGGGAGUUAUAUAUUGUCGACUAUGCACCUAUGCCCGCUACAGCGUCGCGUGCACGCGCCACCCUCAACUCCCUCCACCGUGCCUUAACAGCAUUCCCACACCGAGACCUCCUCCCCAGUAUCGAAUUCACCUUCACAACAGAGGACUUUGCAGAAGAUACCCAGGCCCCAGGCCCCAUCUGGGCCUACUCAAAGCGUGACUCGGAUACUUCUGUCUGGCUGAUGCCGGACUUCGGAUACUGGGCCUGGCCAGAAGUACAGAUCGGCCCGUACCACGAAGUUCGGCGCCAUAUCGCAGCCAUUGACGAAGGAGAGACUGCCGCGGACGGCACCUUCACACCGACUCUGCAGUUCCAGGAUAAAAAGAAACAGCUUGUGUGGCGCGGCAGUCUGGCCACAAACCCACCUGUCCGCAGCAAGCUGCUCAAGUCUGCGCUUGGCCGUAGCUGGGCCAGCGUGCGUGUCAUCGAUUGGGAUGACGAGACUGAUCUUCGAUACAAUCUGCUUCCGAUAGAGGACCACUGCAGGUACAUGUUCCUUGCGCACACAGAGGGAAGAAGCUUCUCGGGUCGCGGGAAGUAUCUCCUCAACUGCCGCUCGGUGAUGAUCUCGCAUGCGCUCGAAUGGCGCGAGGCUCACCACGCAGCGCUGAUAUCCUCGGGGCCGGAUGCCAAUUAUGUGGAGGUCGACCGGGAGUGGAAUGAUCUGUCGCGUAAGAUCGAUUAUCUGAUUGACAAUCCCCAGAUUGCGGAGCGCAUUGCCAACAAUGCCGUGCGCACUUUCCGUGAUCGAUACCUCACUCCUGCUGCGGAGUCUUGCUAUUGGCGCCAGAUAAUCAGGCAGUAUGCUGCAGCUUGCGACUUUGAACCGGUGCUAUUUUCUACCGGUCGCGACGGCAAGAAUCGUGCUCGAGGUGUCCCUUAUGAUAGCUGGAUCUUGACACACUGA